AUGAUGAUCCAGCAGCAGGUGGCGUGGUGCGAAUCUGUGCCCCGCCUGAAAUUGUUGAUGGGUGGGAAGCUGGUGAGAACACAGAUCCCACGGAAGCCACAGAAUGAAAGUGACGUUGAUGUGUUUGCAGGGUGUGUAUUUGAACCCUAUUUGGCAGUACUAGCAGAGAGACUGGCUCAUGCUCUCUUUCAAUACGCAUUAAGUGGUGAUGCCAGAAUGCUUCUGGCUCCACAGCGCCCCCUCAUGACCACUCAGGAUGAGAACGGAGACACGGGUUUGCAUCUGGGAGUAAUCCACAGCCAGACAGAUGCAGUGAGAAAAUUAGCACAAGUCAUCGCUGCUCUCCCCGGAGAGGAUGCUCUGAACAUGAGGAAUGAUCUCUACCAGACUCCUUUACACCUAGCGGUAGUCACACAGCAGAAAGAGGCAGUGGAGGCGCUGUUAGAGGCCGAAGUGGACAUCACCCUCACAGAUCGCCAUGGAAACUCGGCACUUCACCUGGCCGCUCUGCAUAAAGAGGGCAGUGUGCUGCGAUUGCUGCUAAAGCACAAAAAAUUUACGCAGUUAGCUAGUGUCCAUAACACAGCAGGUCUCUGUCCGCUCCACAUGGCUGUGCAGGUGAACAGUUUGAGUUGUGUGCGGGUCCUGCUGGAGAGUGGGACAGAUGUUGAGGUUCAGGAGCUCACAUGUGGCCGCACCGCACUUCAUCUGGCCACAGAGCAGGACAACCUUUCCCUCGCUGGCUGCCUCCUGCUUGAGGGUGACGCAAAUGUAGACAGUGUCACCUAUAAUGGUUCAACACCUCUGCACAUUGCUGCAGGACGGGGCUAUACAAAACUGUGCGCGCUCCUCAUCGCAGCAGGAGCAGAUCCUCAUAAAGAGAACUUUGAACCACUGUUCUUCAAAGAUGAUGAGUGGUGUGCUUCAUGUGAGGAUGAGGAGGAGGAUGAAGGUUAUAUUCCAGGGACGACGCCGAUGAACAUGGCCACCUGCCCAGAGGUUUAUGAUAUUCUUAAUGGACAAGAGUAUCAACCCACCUCUGUUGUAGUUCCACCACAAGGUGACAUGAAGAGCUUGAGCUCUGAGAUGAAGCAGGAUCUCUGUCAGGCUCUGGAGGAGCAAAGAGGAGGCUGGGAGAGUCUGGCUUAUGCUCUGGGGCUCGGCAUUCUGACCAGUGCUUUCAAAGUCAGCUCCUGCCCUGCUGGAAAGCUGCUGGACAGCUACGAGGUUUCUGGAGGAACGGUGCUUGAUCUGGUGGAGGGACUGAAACAUGUUGGGAACAGCAGUGCUGUCAGUUUAUUACAGGCUUUGUAUAAAGAGACUGAAGCCAUCCACACCACAACUCAGCUCACAGUUCCAGGGCUGUGUGAGACCAUUCAUGGUUUGACGUUGGGCCCCCAUCAUGAGGAGAGUGGGGUUUGCGACAGUGGGGUGGGGGUGGAGACCUCUUUCUAA